GGGGCGGGGCGAGGGGCGGUUCCCGGGCCGAGGCCAGAAGUGCACCCUGGCCAAGCUGCCAACGCGGGGUGCAUCUGGUAGCAGUUGUCUCAGUGCGUUCCUCCCGGGACCAGCUUGUUUUCCAGACUCUGAUACUGUCUGCCAGAGAAAAUCAGCUCUCCCUGGAAGAACAAGCAUUACUUCAGGAGAGUCCACAGUUUUAUGUGUGAGCAGGAUGGAGGCUGACUUGUCUGGCUUUAAUAUCGAUGCCCCCCGUUGGGACCAGUGCACUUUCCUAGGGCGGGUGAAGCAUUUCUUCAAUGUCACGGACCCCCGCACCGUCCUGGUACCAGAGUGGGAGCUGGACUGGGCCAAAGUGAUGGUGGAGAAGAGCAGGAUGGGGACUGUGCCCCCAGGCACGCGAGUGGAGCAGCUGCUCUAUGCCAAGAAGCUGUACGACUCGGCCUUCCACCCUGACACCGGGGACAAAAUGAACGUCAUUGGGCGGAUGUCCUUCCAGGUCCCUGGCGGCAUGAUCAUCACGGGCUUCAUGCUCCAGUUCUACAGGACGAUACCGGCAGUGAUCUUCUGGCAGUGGGUGAACCAGUCCUUCAAUGCCUUAGUCAACUACACCAACAGGAAUGCAGCUUCCCCCACGUCGGUCAGGCAGAUGGCCGUUUCCUACGUCACUGCCACAACCGCUGCGGUGGCCACUGCUGUGGGCAUGAACACGUUGACAAAGAGAGCCCCGCCCCUGGUGGGCCGCUGGGUGCCUUUUGCCAGUGUGGCUGCGGCUAACUGUGUCAACAUCCCAAUGAUGCGACAGCAGGAACUCAUCCAGGGCAUCUGCGUGAAGGACAGGAACCACAAUGAGAUUGGUCAUUCCCGGAGAGCUGCGGCCAUAGGCAUCACCCAAGUGGUUAUUUCUCGGAUCACCAUGGCAGCCCCUGGCAUGAUCCUGCUGCCGGUCGUCAUGGAAAGGCUGGAGAAACUGCGCUGCAUGAAGAGAAUCCGGGUGCUGCACGCCCCAUUGCAGGUUCUGCUGUCCGGGUGUUUCCUCAUCUUCAUGGUGCCAGUGGCAUGUGGGCUGUUCCCGCAGAAAUGUGAAUUGCCAGUUUCCUAUCUGGAACCAGAGCUCCAAGACACUAUCAAGGCCAAGUAUGGAGAACCUGUGCCUUAUGUCUACUUCAAUAAGGGUCUCUAAAUGCCCCACCCCAGCAAGGACCAGUCCAUACCCAUAUUUACCAGCUCCUCCUUAGCCACUGUGGAUUCCCGUGCCUCAUUCCUCUUUGCCAACAGGGCCUGUAGGCCAGGGUGGAUUUGGGGGGACGAGGGUGGGGGUGGGAGGAUGCCUCAUGCUUCUACCCAGGCACCUGGGUUUAUUGGACUCCAGGGGAUAAACGUGAACAAGGGGAGAGAGGCCAAGUCUUUUUUCUGCUCUCCCCUAACCCCUGUCCCCUGGAGACCAGGAGCUGAGACCCCCUCAGGGAGAAGGUGCUGAGACCUGGGGGUGACACUCAUGCAAACCGUUUGGAAAAGUUAGGAAACCUUUAGGAUUCUGGUUCCAGCCAGGAUUGAGGAAGGGCCCCUCUUCUCUUCCUCCUCAUCGGCUCUCAGGCAAGGGAACCUUUCACCUGUGUAGUUCUGGCUCCUUCGGGAAGCGGGAGGGAAGAGGCCGGGUCACCUUGGGGCUCCUCUUUGCUCUUCCCCACUCUCCUCCCCAGGGCCCCCUGGUCAGAAAGGUUCUCUGGGAGUCUUGCUAAACUUGGGUUUAUCAGGCACCCAGGAGUUUUAGUGCAAAAAAAAAAAAAGGACAUUGUGUGAGGCAGCAGAGUUUUGUGGUGCUUCAAGCCCUACCUGUUGACACUGGCUUUGUUCUCCUGCCCCUAAAAUCAUAUCCGAUUCUAUUUCUCUGGGUCUAAAAGAUAAAUCCACUGACCGAGUAAAAAGGAUGUAGGUAGGCAUUAACUGCACAUGUUAGUGGGUAUAAUUUCCUGGCUACCUCCCUUCCUCAGCCCGUUGGGUUAAACACCAAAGAAAGACUGGUGUGUACUGAAUAGGAAAGGGAAGUUUUAUUUGGAUGCCUCUGAGAGGAAAUCAACCAGGACCAAAGAGCCUUAAAGGACACACAGCAAAGCGCAGCCGCUCGCCCUUCCCAGCCUGGCUGCUCUAGGUGAUUUCUCAGGCCCUUGGGGGAGAGGGGGCUGUUGUGGCUGACCUGGGGCCAUGUCUGUAUGAGUUUUGUGUAGUAGAAUUUACUGACCGAUCAAAGGAUAUCACUGUGAAUCGAAUGCAUUUCUUGAAAGAACACAGCGAACUGUCUGCACACUGAGUUAAUAAAGCCUGGAUGGAAAGCA